AUGCCCUUUCUUUCUGACAUACAAGCCGGUUCUCAAUUAAAACUUCGACCAACAACAACACGUGUGACAAACUCAUUAGGUCAAACCUAUCACGAAUGCAAAUCUGAUGAUGGAAUAUUUGAAAUACGUGACAGAACAAACGAUUCAAACGGUACAUUUAUGGUAAUAGAUAAUUCACCCGAUGAAAAACUUCAUCAUGUCAUUGAUGGUCUUUAUAUUGGAUCGCAAGAUGCAGCAUCUAAUCUACCAUGUCUUAAUGAAUGUAAAAUUACACAUAUACUUAAUGUAGCAACUGGCAUUCAAAAUGCAUUUCCUCAACAAUACAAUUAUUUAAAUAUUGAAUUGUUAGAUGUUCCUGAAACAAAUAUUUCGAAAGUAUUUACACAAAGCAAUCAGUUUAUCGAGCAAGCACUGGCCGAUAAUGGCUGUGUAUUAGUUCAUUGUAAUGCUGGUAUUUCACGUAGUUCUAGUAUUGUCUUAGCUUAUUUAAUAGGAAUACAUCGAAUGCAAUAUGAAGAGGCAUAUCAAUUAUUGAAAAAAGCACGUGUAAAUAUCAGACCAAACGAUGGAUUUGUACGACAACUGAAUGAAUAUGCAGCUGAAAUCGAACAGAGAUAUCAUUCAUAA